AUGCCCGUCAACAUGCCUGACUCGCCUGAUGACAUCGAAAUCCAUGACUGCGGCACCGUUUUCCGCCGAGCCUCACCGGCCCUGUAUCAAAGGGCCAUCGACCCGCGCUGGUCCUUCAGGAAGACCGAAUUCUACGUCUUCAGGGAGGAGCAGCAGCAGCAGCAGUCAGGUCCAGAAGGAGAAGAUCCCCAAACUGAACUGGUCGUGGACCAAUCCCAAGAAUGGUACGACGUUCAGGUGCAGUACUGGGAGCGAGAGAGGCAGCGACGGGAACAGCAGCAGCAGGCAAACCAACAAGAACAAGAAUCAAAAACGGAAACAGAACCGGUGGUUGCCGAAGGGCUAUCUUCCGAAGAGAAGCAGCCCGAGGUCAACGAGCCCAAGCCCUUCGACACGCUGGAAUUCAAGUUCCAGGUGGACGGU